GUGAGCGGUGGUCGAUCCCCGCCGUAUCCGGUGCAGCAGGAGUGGCGGCGGCGGGGGAGGAGGCUCCAUGGUGACAGCGCAGGUUUUCAGCUCUCCUGGCCUUCCUGGAUCACCCGCCUGUCAAAUCUCCCCACCUACCGUCCUGUCGUCAUGUCUAAGUUAAAGAGUUCUGAAUCUGUCAGGGUGGUGGUGCGGUGCCGGCCAAUGAAUGGGAAAGAGAAGGCAGCUUCAUAUGAUAAAGUUGUUGAUGUGGAUGUCAAGUUAGGGCAGGUAUCAGUGAAGAAUCCGAGGGGAACAUCUCAUGAGCUGCCUAAAACCUUCACCUUUGAUGCUGUCUAUGACUGGAAUUCCAAGCAGUUUGAACUUUAUGAUGAGACCUUUAGACCUCUGGUGGAUUCUGUCCUGCAAGGGUUCAAUGGGACUAUCUUUGCCUAUGGGCAGACUGGGACAGGGAAAACAUAUACAAUGGAAGGAGUGCGUGGUGAUCCUGAAAAAAGAGGGGUCAUCCCCAAUUCAUUUGACCACAUCUUCACCCACAUCUCUCGAUCUCAAAACCAGCAGUAUUUGGUUAGAGCAUCUUAUCUGGAAAUAUACCAAGAAGAAAUCAGAGAUUUGCUGUCAAAAGAUCAGUCCAAGAGGCUGGAGCUGAAAGAGAGACCAGACACUGGGGUGUAUGUGAAGGACUUGUCAUCUUUUGUCACAAAGAGUGUCAAGGAGAUCGAGCACGUCAUGAAUGUGGGGAACCAAAACCGCUCCGUUGGUGCUACCAACAUGAAUGAGCAUAGCUCCCGUUCCCAUGCCAUUUUUGUGAUCACUAUUGAGUGCAGUGAGGUGGGACUUGAUGGGGAGAAUCACAUCCGUGUAGGAAAACUCAACCUAGUGGACCUUGCAGGCAGUGAACGCCAGGCCAAAACUGGAGCACAGGGGGAAAGGUUGAAGGAAGCUACCAAGAUUAACCUCUCUCUUUCAGCUUUGGGCAAUGUUAUAUCUGCCCUAGUAGAUGGUAAAAGCACUCACAUUCCAUACCGGGACUCAAAACUAACCAGGCUACUUCAGGACUCACUAGGUGGCAAUGCUAAGACUGUGAUGGUGGCCAAUAUAGGCCCUGCCUCUUACAAUGUAGAAGAAACUCUUACUACCCUGCGAUAUGCCAACCGUGCCAAAAACAUCAAGAACAAACCAAGAGUCAAUGAGGAUCCUAAGGAUGCACUGCUACGAGAAUUCCAGGAAGAAAUCGCUCGGCUCAAGGCACAAUUGGAAAAAAGGUCUGUUGGCAAAAGAAAGAGGAGAGAAAGGAGAAGAGAUGGUGGGGAAGAGGAAGAGGAGGAUGGAGAAGAGGGUGAUGAAGGGGAUGACAAAGAUGACUACUGGAGGGAGCAGCAGGAAAAGCUGGAAAUUGAGAAGAAAGCUAUUGUAGAGGAUCACAGCUUGGUGGCAGAAGAAAAGAUGAGGCUGCUAAAGGAGAAGGAGAAGAAGAUGGAGGAUCUGAAGCGAGAGAAGGAAGCAGCAGAAAUGCUGGGUGCCAAAAUCAAGGCAAUGGAAAGCAAGCUCCUUGUUGGAGGGAAAAACAUUGUGGAUCACACAAAUGAACAGCAGAAAAUCUUGGAGCAGAAACGUCAGGAAAUUGCAGAACAGAAACGUCGGGAGCGAGAAAUCCAGCAACAGAUGGAAAGUCGGGAUGAGGAAACAUUGGAGCUGAAAGAGACCUAUAGUUCCCUACAGCAAGAGGUGGACAUCAAAACCAAAAAACUCAAAAAGCUAUUUUCCAAGCUGCAAGCUGUGAAGGCAGAGAUCCAUGACCUCCAGGAGGAGCACAUCAAGGAGCGGCAAGAACUAGAACAGACCCAGAAUGAGCUUACCAGGGAGUUAAAACUAAAGCACCUGAUUAUUGAAAACUUUAUUCCCCUGGAGGAAAAGAACAAAAUCAUGAACAGAUCUUUCUUUGAUGAAGAGGAAGACCAGUGGAAACUGCAUCCCAUAACCCGGCUGGAUAACCAGCAGAUGAUGAAAAGGCCAGUGUCAGCAGUGGGAUACAAGAGGCCUUUGAGUCAGCAUGCCAGGAUGUCCAUGAUGAUUCGUCCAGAGGCCCGCUAUAGGGCAGAAAACAUUGUGUUACUGGAGUUAGAUAUGCCUAGCCGAACAACCAGAGACUACGAGGGCCCAGCCAUUGCUCCUAAAGUGCAGGCUGCUCUAGAAGCAGCUCUGCAGGAUGAAGAUGAGAUACAGGUGGAUGCCUCCACUUUUGAGAGCAUGUCAAAUAAAAAAUCAAAAUCCAGGCCUAAAACUGGAAGGAAAUCAGGGGGAUCCUCUUCCUCAGGCACCUCUGGGUCUCAGCUCUAUCCACAGUCCCGGGGGCUGGUUCCUAAGUGAAAACAGCAAUUCCUCUCCAGGGCGUGAACAGCAUUUGCCUUCUGAGAGCAAAGACAAGUGAAAACCUGCAGAGAGGACUCUCAGCCAGACUCCAAGCCCUUUCCUUUGGGGAAUAGCAAUGGCCUCUUUGCAGUUUAACUGACUUGUGUCAAAAUGUGCCAGUCCCAGGUGUGCUGAACCUUGCAGGAAAAGAUUUGCUCGCAAUCUAGCAAUCAGCCCCUAUUGGGAACAGAUUUUAGUUAGGAAAUCAGAAAUGCAUGAGGUACGUUAAAGUGUUUUAGAAGCAAUGGGAAGCAUGAGGAUCACCUCACAGCAUCACCCUCUCUCCUUCAGUUCCAGCCCCCUUGGUGUACUGGGCUCUCUUGCUCUUGGGCAACAGGAAAGAGUUGAAAGUCAUCUCAACAGAAUCAACUCUCUCUCCAGAACCUCAGGAUGAAAACUUAGUGAGGUUAAAAAGUGGAGGGCGUAUCCAAACUUGACUAGGUGCAUUUUUUUUUUCCUCUUUCUAUUGAAAGAAUGGCAUCUUCAUCUGGGGUUAGAGUUGGGUUGAACAGCCCUGAGAUGGGUAGGAUUGGAGAGCUGUUUCCACGCACUUCAAACUAGACCUCUCUGCUUUCCUUUAGAAAUGUAGAACAAGAGAGGAUCUUGGAAGUGUAUUUUGCUCCUGUAGAAUGGAAGCAAUAGAAACUGAAGUUCUCUAUCUGUUUACAGACAUCAGUAAGAGCUCUUCCAAACUGCCCUGCUAAAGACUCAACCCCUAUUGACAGGGACCACCUUGUCAAAGAAUAAAUCUGCAUACCAGUGCCAGCUCCAUACUAACUCUCUUCCUCUCUCUCUCCACCAUCCCAUACCUGGCAUUUUAGACCAGCGUCCAUACUGAAUAUCUAAACCCUACACCGCGUAUGGCCAUUUUCUCAGAUCUUCCAUCAUUUGUAGGAAAUGUAGAUCUAGCUUGGUGCUAGGUCUCUGCCAAGAGGCACACAUGGCCAUUUCUGCCAUUCCCUAUGACAUGGAUGGAAUCUGGAGCACUAUGAGGCAAAGCCAUAUUAGACGGCACUUUUCUGAUAAGUAUGCAAUCUUUCCCUUGAUGUUAUGAGGCGCUUCAGUGCAGGAGCUGCCUUUUGUGUCUCAUCGUACUCCAAGUUAAGAACAUUCCCUUUUCAGUCUUAAGCUUUCCUGAAUACAGUGAGGCUAGAUGGGAAUGAGGGCAAUGUGUCAUCACCAGUUUGGGAUUGCAAGGAAAUCUGAUAUAAAUCCCAGGGGUGGUACACUGAAAUUGAAAGGGGAAGAACUCCUACUUUAGGUGGUGUCUUUUCAAAGUUUGCCCUAUGACUAACAUCACAGGCCUGCAUGGUCCAGUGGGGAGAGGGGAGUUGCUGUAUUGGAUGGGCUCAGAAGACAGAGUAAGGUGUUCCUGUCUUGCAUCUCACUGUUCAGCUUCUAAGUUUUAGUUCCCUGUAUAUUGAGAGUCGGGCUAUUUUUUUUUUCUUGAUUGUUGUCAACUGUUGUCCUGUGAUUGUUUGUUUUUACCCAUUACCUCUCCCUUGCAGAUGACCUCUCCUUAAACUGACCAGUGUAUGAGAACUUGCCUGUUUUUAGAAAUACUCUAACGUAGGGACUCUACUUUGUGUUCUUGUUAAGUAUCCACUGACUGACUCGGUCCAGUCUGGAAAAACUCCAUUGUAUCUGACCGCCAUGAGCAGAAGGAACACAACACUUCUAGCUUAAAGCUCUCCUCUGCAUCUUGCUGGCAUGGUGCCUUGGUGAGUCAGCUGCUCAGGUGGACUUGGAUUAAGUUCUAAAUCAGCUGCUUUGAUUCAAGGAGUAUAUUUCUGGAUGAGGACCAGAUGAAUAUUUUUUAAAAUUUUGAUGCGGGGAGGAGAGUUUUGCCUAUGGGUGAGGGAGGAGCCAUCUGCUCAUUUUCUGCUGUUCUAAUGAUGGAAGCCUGGCAUAACCUUCCUUUUUGUAAACCACUGUGUCUGUACAAAAAGCCUUUUAAUUCUCUCUUGUGGUAUAAAACAGAGUGUCAACGGUUGUCCACCCUCCUGGUAUAUAAUCUUGUUUACUUCAUAAUUGAAAAGGAGGAUUGUAUAGUUUUAAGUAUUCAGAGAAUUGAAAUGAGAUGAAGUGACUGUAUAGCCUGAGAUGGUAAUAUAUACAUGAUAUAGCUGUGCUUCUUCACUCACUACUAUACCACCGGGUUUCUGUAUGAAAUUUGUAAGAUUUCCCAUGUGGCAGGAAUCAGUACAUUGGAAAUCACAGCCCAAACCCAGACUGUUCUGCUUUUACUGUUAAUGUGCUGGAAUGGCUACACCUCAGAAAGCCCUGUUUAUAAAUGUGUAUACGUUAAGGUGAGAGAAAGGGGAUGGGGUAGGCAAAGUAUAAAAUUGACUUUUAGUUACCUUUACCCAUAGCUCUAUUUUAAACAGUAUGUCCAGUGAAUAAGAGAGAAUAAGCAAAUCCAUAGGGUAUGUCUACACUGCAAUUAAAAACUUGUGGCUGGCCUGGGGCAACCAAUCUGGGCUUGUGGGGCUCAGGCUAAGGAGCUAUUGAAUUGUGGGGUAGACUUUUGGGCUCAGGCUGGAGCCUGAGCUCCAGGACCCUGCAAGGUCGCAGAGCUCAAGCUGGAGUCCAAGCCUGCGCAUCUAUGCCACAAUUAAACAGCCUCUGAGCCUGAGCCCUGUGAGCCCAAGUCAGCUGGCAUAGGCCAGCCACGUGUAUCUAAUUGCAGUGGAGACAUUUUGUAGCAGUGAUAUUGGGGUGAAAUGAAUACAUUUGUGUUAAAUUGUACAAUGUUAGUGAAGUUCAGGAUCGACAUGUCUAACAAGUGAUCCUGCCAGGCUUGUGCCUCUCUGCUGCAUGUGGGUAUGAUCUGAACCAUCUGGACUUCCUGCAGCUAACAGCCAAAGAAGACAGGAAAUCCACUAAGUUCCUGGAAGAGGCCCUGGAAGAGUGUGCACAAUCAGUCUCUUCAGAGGAAUGUUUAAAAUCCUCCUGCUCUUCGCUCUGCUCUGUAUAAUUGGAUACGAUUUUAUUUUUCAAGUUACAUGCAGUAAGGGUAGCUUUUCUGUUCCAGAGUCAAAUCCCACAUGAAAUCGAACACAAAGAAAUUACAGCACUUCAAAUUCUUAAUAUAGGUCUGAUCAUCCUUUGUUGAAAGGUUUGCAUGCUGCUUGAAUCUUAUAGAACAUAUACCUCUGUGAUGACCUUUUGAACUGUAAUGAUGCAUUAUAUAGACUUUUGGUUUUAAUACAGAAGUCUCUAGUUGCAGUCCUUCCUCACUGUGUCUAGAUUCAUUGCCAAGUUUCAGAGAAGCAUUGAUUCCUGUGAAUCUGGAUAUUUUAUCUGUCCUGUCUUUUAAUUUCUGAUAUCUGAUCAUACAACUAGGCCUUAAAAGGGAAAGAAAUGAUUCUUGUGGCUUGCUUUCUACAGUGUUAAACACAUAGACAAAUGAGAAAAACAUAUGUGCACAAUGCAAAAACCAUAAUCAGAUGCUCAGUUGGAACUGAACGAGAACAGUGGUGCCUGGCUGCUCUGCACCGUGCAGUGGUCAUUUAGCUCCCUAUGAUUUAGGCACUUACUACCUUACCCCCCUCAGCCCGAUUUCUCUUGUUUCUGGAAUGAAGUGCCCAAGGGUGCUUGUUUGCAUAACUGUCUGUGAGAUUUCACUCCUUGGUCUUACACUGAUCUUGACCUUUUCUUUGGUGACCUGUAGACAAAGAACAUCUCUAGUUCUGUCAAUAGGUUUUACAACUUAUAUUUAUUUGUAUAAUCUUUUUUGGCUAGGAAUGUAAAAGUGAUCCUAAAAUAAGAUGUGUAAUAAAAUCAAUCUGAUUUAUUGUAUCUACCAAAACUUGUCCGUUU